GAAAGGGAGCCCCUUGAUUAGGCGCGCCGAUUUUCCCUACAACCGCAAAUGAUUUUACCGCAAUUGAUAGCGGCCCAUGGAGAGUCGGUUGCCCGGUAAGUCGACGCGUUCCCGUGUGCCGCGAGCGCUUUACAUUCGAUACGGGGAUGAACGGGUAGGUAUUGAUGUAUGCUAGAAACGCUGGCAAACUGGUUUCGUCCACGUUCACGUUACACGUAAUAACGCGCUUCCUUCUUGUCGGGCGGGAACACACAACUCCCAUCCAGUUGCGUGUAAAUUGUUCCCCGAUCGUUUCCGAACGCUUCUAUUCGAUGAAUUUUAAUGGAGGCACGCGUGUCGGGUUUACGUUGAUAGACGAGGAGAUACAAGUUCAACAUACAAUUGUAGCUGCGAAGGUAACACGAUCUCGAACGGGAAGAACGAAAGGACUUCUCUCGAUUUUUAGCAUCGUCUAGUUUGCACUCUGUUGCUGUCUGUAAUGACAAGGACUCUACUUAACGGACAAGGAUCGCACGAGAUAUUCUUCGAGCUGAUCCUAUCCUAGCAGCAACAGAAUAAUUUGAUCGUAGGGGUCAACAAGCGCUAAUUUACAGGUCUACUUCUUAGCAUACGAUGAGGUAACGCGCUCUAAGCUACUUCCACCUUAGUGUCUUCGAAUGACUACAUAGUUAAGAAAGUAAGGGAAACAAUAAAUUCUGCCUCGAUUUCUAUUAGUCUCUAAUCCUUACGUAACUGACUGAUCAGCAUGAAACAGGCAUAGGUCACAUUUCCUAAAAGUUACAGAAAAACGUCAAAACAAUCGUUGACUAUAAAUAGUGAAAAGGCAGCUUGUGUUUUUUUAUGUUUGGGCCGUUAAACCGAUUUUAUAAAUUUUCUCUGUAUAAACUUCAAAAGUGCAUCUGUUCGAAUUUCGAUUCACUUCUAAUUCGGUUUCCAUAUUUUUAAGUUUAGUUUCUUUAUUAAUCUCUUAGAGAAGUAUCUCUUAUCUUUUCAACAACUCUGUUAAGCAACUUCAGAAAUAGGCAAUUUCGACCUGUCUGGUAGUUCUAGUGUUCAUUGCUGAAGUUCUUUGUGCUUCUUACGUUUCUCUAUAACUUUAUGAAACGUAACGCAAGCCCAUCAAAUGGACACCCGUUUAAUCAUGUUUCCGAGCAACCGUGACUCACCGCGGCGUGCGCUUCCGUGGUGAAAACCUCCAGGCUGUGGACGUCCGGUUCCGUCCUCCAGUAUUGCGGGUACUCCUGCGGCCGGUUCUUCCUGAUGCUCUUAUGACAGCAGUAGCACAUCAACGCGACGACCAUAAUCACGCCGCCGAGCAUCGCCCUGCGAAACAGACGGCGCGCCUUGCGAUCCAGAGCAUAGUCCCGAGAGAAACUUUCGCCGUCUACUUUGAACCCGCCAGCGCAGAGCUCGCCGGCACGAGAUGCUACUCGGGGACGACAGAACGUGCCCACGGAUCUGUAGUCUGUCCAGACUCGCCAGGAUGAUGGGUAGCGUGCCCAGCGGAUGGAUGAGGAAGAUCCUCCUCUUCUUGGUCCUGAUGACUGGGGUCCUGCUGAUCGCGAUGUACGCACACGCGCCACCCCUUGUCUCUCUGCAGCCCUUCUCGUCUCGCCGACUGAAGGAGUUGCAACGAGGCUUGGUUACAUUCCUGGUCGGUAAUGAAAGCACGAAGAGACCCGAAGAACGGCUCUACGAGUAUCUGGAAGAGCCUAGGACGUUUCAGAGCCCUUGGUCUUGGGCGUGCGUGGCCGGCCGGUGCGAGAGGAGAGCGGUUAGAUCGUCCCGCACCUCUCUGGCGAGCUGCAUCGCGCUCUGCGGCGGGAACACUAGGCUACUUUGGCCCAGGCCCACCGGGAACGUGAUCCUCGGCGAGGAAAGUGUGGUGAUACACUACCAGCAGAUCGAGUUCGUCACCGUGAAUACCAGCGACCAGGAGACCAAGAACCUGCUGGAGCACGCGAAGGACGUCUUCAUCGGGAACGUGAGGAGCCUAGUGAAGGUAGCAAACGCGAAGAGCCGACCCGGCGUGGACAGUUUCGUGAUCUACCUGAGCGCGGGCAACGGUCGAGCGUCCGGGCCGAGUUUAGAUGCCGACGAGUCUUACACCCUAGAAGUGAUGUCGAAGGGCAAGGUGCUAGAGGCACGGAUCACCGGUAAAAGUUACUUCGGCGUGAGACACGGCAUGGAGACUCUGGGCCAGAUGAUCUGGUGGGACGAACUGGCGGGCAGAGAGGGCGCGUUGAGGGUGUUGUCUCGCGCGUCCAUCGAAGACAAGCCAGUGUUCCCCUAUCGCGGGCUGUUAGUCGAUACCGGAAGACAGUUCUUCCCCAUCGAGAGGCUGAAGAAGGUGAUCGACGGAAUGGCUGCCUCGAAGCUGAACACGUUCCACUGGCACCUGACCGACUCUCAGAGCUUCCCGUUCGACUCGGCCCAGUUCCCGGAGAUGGCCAGGUGGGGCGCGUACAGCGGCGAUCAGAUCUACACACCGGACGACGUCAAGGAUCUCGCCGACUACGCGAGGAUCCGCGGCGUGCGGGUCCUCGUCGAGAUCGAUUCGCCCGCCCACGCUGGCGCCGGAUGGCAGUGGGGAACAGAGUACGGUUACGGUGAGCUGGCAUUGUGCGUGGACCAGCAGCCCUGGUCCGCUUACUGCGGAGAGCCGAAUUGCGGCCAACUGAAUCCCAUCAACGAGCACUCGUACCGAAUCCUGGAGGGCUUGUACCGCGAGCUGCUGGACCUGACGGAGAUCCGGGACAUCGUGCACUUGGGCGGCGACGAGGUGAACCUGGAUUGCUGGGCGCAGUACGGCAACAUCACGGCGGCGAUGCAGGCGCAGAACAUGACCGACCAUCACGCGAUGUGGGCCGAGUUCGAGACCAAGAUGUUGCAGAGGCUGGUCAAGGCGAACCGGGACGAGACACCGAAGGCGGUGAUACUAUGGAGCUCGCCGUUGACCAAGAGGCCUUACAUCACCAUGUACUUCGACCCCAAGAUCCACGUGAUACAGUCGUGGGGCGGCAGCAACUGGCCGGAAACGCCAGACCUCCUGGAGAACGGUUUCCGCGUGAUCCUGUCGCACGUAGACGCCUGGUACCUGGACUGCGGGUUCGGCAAGUGGCGGGAGACAGGUGAGGCCGCGUGUGGCGAGUACCGCACCUGGCAAACUGUCUACAAUCAUCGACCGUGGAGGGACUAUCCCCAACAGCACCUGAACCUGGUGCUCGGAGGGGAGGCGGCGAUCUGGAGCGAGCAGACUGGCGACGCUUCCUUAGGACCUCGACUAUGGCCUAGGGCGUCCGCCCUCGCUGAACGGUUGUGGAGCGACCUGCCAACGAACGGCUACUCAACGGACGAAAGCGUGUACACCAGACUGGCAGCCCAUGUGGAGCUGCUGACCAGUCGGGGAUUGAAAACGGAAGCGAUGUGGCCCCAAUGGUGCUCCCAGAACCCGGGGAAAUGUCUCUGACCGUUCGUCAGUCCGUGUCUGAUCGCCAGGUUCAGUUGUUACCGUACGCGUGGCUGCGAUGACGGUCGCGUCCACGGGAAACGUCACAAGAAACGGUUCUUGUCGUCCCCGGGUCCGAGUCCAACAGAUUUAGCUACCCAGUUUAGGGAACACCGCGACGACCUCUAUGAAGGUCCCUAUGAAGGGAGCUGGAGCACAGACGCGUGGUUUACGACGCGACUCUCCGGACCAUCGGUAGUUGUCCGAUAAAGAUAUCUAUCGGCGACUCCAGCCGAAGGCGUAAUCCGUUCGUGAUUUGAUCGUUGAACGGAAUGAGUAUGUUGCUGCGUCGAGCGUUAGUUGCGCGAGAAACCUGUGAGACGAGCUAGGGGCGCGAAAUAGCGACGGGUACCUUUGUAAAAGCGUGUCCGGGUGAUAGAAGAGAGCACCGACUAUCAAACAGACUGAUUUCCUCGAUACUGGGAAGUUAAAACGAUGUCUAGAUAUCAUUAGAGGAUCAACCUAAACCCUCCGGAGGCAGACGUCUUCGACGACCGACGAACGGCGACGCCUAGAUCCGCUCGGUCUCUCGAUCGUCGAUUUGUCUAGAUAUAUUUUCGAACAAGCUUGUCCUUGAACCUAAUCAAAAUAAACGAGUUAGGCGUUAGAAGCCGAGAACUUGGACGAGGAACUCGAUGGAGCCGGGUCGAAGCGGAGCCAGGCACUGCCGGCGCAAGGGUUGAACGACGGGAGCAAGGGAAGGAACUCGUCGAGCGUUUCUCUGUUCCGCCGAGAAUGAUGAAGGCACAAUUCGUUCUCUUCUUCUGCUAUCUUUUUUUCUCAUCUUCUUGCUAACGAAAAGCAAAACGAACAGGGAGUACUCGGAUACUUCGACGGUGUGACGCUAACGAUAUGGAAUUAUCAACGUCAAUUUGAGGGUUCCUCGCGGGACGCCUUGCCGUAUAGCUCGAUGCCAUACUUUUCGUUCGAAGUGCCUUUCCGAAUGUAAUUUUUAGAGGUGUGCGAAAACUUGAAAGCUUCGGGCGCUCGAUACAUAGAUCGUAUACGGUAUUGUUUGGCUCGGGCCGUGAAGAAAUAUCGAGAAACUGGACUAUGUUUUAAUACGAAAGUAGUACGAAGGCUAGAAUCCGAAUGUAUCGAACACAGUAUUUUAUAAACACUUCCAAUUCGUCGUAUCCAACGAAGUUCGUCUAUGAAACAUAGUUCGGAUUCGCAGAGUUCGGUAUUGUCGAGCCGACUCGAACAAUUCUGGAACCGAUUCGUCGGGCACCGACACAUCUCUAGUAAUCUUUACCGGUGGCGCGCGCGCGCGCGCGCUAAUUAGAUGACACCGCCGUUCCUACGGUCUCGGGGGAAUGGUCGCGCCGAGAUCGCGUUCUCGUCCCUUGUAUUUAGAAGAGGAAAAUCUCGGACAACGUCCGACGUCCCCGCGUGGACCGUCUUAGCUAAGACCCGCCCUGAAUCCCGGCAAAACGCGGCGGAUCCGAUUUAAUGGCAGUCCUCAGCGAGGGCGACGAAUUAAGUUUCAGAUGUUUUAUGUGAAAUCGGUCUACAUUUAUCGAGGACUUUAAAGAUUUUUAAUGGACCUAUUUAUCGGAAACGGAUUUUAGAAGUUCGAUUUAUUGGAGACGGGCCAUUUUCGAAAUUUGUUUGAAAUCGAUGGCCCGAUCGUUGAUAUUAUGAUCAUCGGAUCGAUGGUCGGUGAUAUUUGUUCGAUAUUUUUCGUGAGAGAAAGGGAGGACGAUAAUGGCGUCCGAAGGAAGCGGAAAUCCAUUGAUGGCCCUAGAGGUUGUAGCAGGAGAAAUAAUGGGAAAGAUAUUCAAGGUGGCGACGUUAGCCAGGAUACCCCACGCGAACAAUGAACGAUCGAUACAGCGAAGGCAUUCGAGAAGAAAUCUCUCCCGAACCUCGUUCACGGGAAUACCGAUUUGUCGUGACGAGAAAGUGGUCGCUGUGACGAGAGAAUGACGGAUGUCCGCGUAGACUUCUCUUUGCACUGCCAAAUCUGUGCCCUAGAGUUCACCGGAGGAAAGAUGACAAUGUUGUUAGAGAGUUCACGAUUGAUGUAUUAGUCUUUGGUAGUCUGUGUCCCAGGAAGACUGGAACAACGAUGGACAUUCGUUACCAAAGAGUGCUGAGAUCGUAAUCAGAAGGUGACGAAGAAACUUGACGCGACAAUUUCGCUCUCCUUUGUACUCAUAGUUGUUGCGAAACCCAGUUAGAAUGUUAAUAGGAACAAAUUCCGAGAGCGAUUGUCGCGGAACAGCAUAAUCGAGGAUCGAUUGUCCAUUUUGUAAUAGGCCGUAGAACGAAACGCUGUGACGCCCGGAUUACCGCGACAACGUUGACCCGGCUAUGCGAGAACGGGGACAUUCGUGCCGUUUCUUCAACUGAAUCAAUUGUUACUACGAAAAUGCUUCUUUUUCACAAAUAAUAUUGAUUUAAAGCGGUUUACUCCAUAACACGAGAAUAUUAAUUGAUUCAUUUCUAGCUGAAAUAUAAUAUUAUAAUAUUUAUAAUGUAAUGAAUAUUAAGCGAACAAGCCAGAAAAUGAGAAACAGUGGAAGAAAAGCGAGCACGUCGGACGAGUUGAUUCGUCCUCCCCGGUUAAAGGGGUUAAACGUUGCGUUAAUCCGUGGCUACGUCGAAUUUCGUCUCAGGAUCGAGAGCGUGGACGCGAGUAACGAUUACACGGCCUACCACGACCGAUAGAUUUGUAAAUACGCGAUCACUUUGGACGUACGGGAGCAGUGGGCGACCCAACGAUUACAUAAUUGUAGCUAAUUAACGAAAAACAGAGGGAGCCGGCGGGAUGACGAAACGUCUGUACUUACUGACACUUACCGACAUCGAUGGCUGUAACGAAUCAAGUGAUUUUUGAGCACGACCCCUACUGGAUGCGGAUGCGUACAGUCUGUCCAACGAGGCAUCUAUAAAUAAUUUAUUAGUGUCAUUGUUCGAUAAAUUAUUUAUACAUUAAUUCAUAUAAAUACAUAAAUGUAAACAAAACAUUUACGGACUAAACGAUUGAUCGUCAGACACCAUUAUUUCCGUCACGCCUGACACAGUUUCUAAUAAACCACAUACGGUUGUCAUUUUCCAUAUCUAUAACUGUCCAUUUUGCAACCAUGUUCAUAGCCGUGUAAUCAUCUUUUAACGUUCGUUUCGUUCCAUACUGUGUUUACAGUCUCCCGAUCGCAAAUGUUAAAACUUGUAAAGCAUACAAUACGUUCUAAAUGAGAAUAGCAAUAAGUCCAUAGCAGUGAUCCUUUAUGUUCUAUAACUCGACUGUAAGAAAGAUAAGAGAGAAAGGGAACAGAAGACAAAGCAGUGAAACGACACCGCUUCGUCAAGAGAAAUAGGAGACCUUCAUUGUUUGAUAAUUUAGCUGUCGCACAUUCUUGUUUACAUUUUCUAUCCUCAUCUAUUGUUUCCGUUGGACAGACUAUAAAACUAUCCGCUGUGCUCGUUGAGGUUUCUACACAUUAUGAUUCACAUUGCUGAUACAUCGAUGCCAGGUUUCAUCAGACCUGCAUAAUUUUAGCUGUUCUCAGGUCGCUAUCAGUAUCAGCAACGCGCGUCACAAUGUGUAGAAACCUUCGAACGUUCUUGCCCGGGCGUUUGUUGCGUUUUUUCGAAUGAAUUUUAGUCAGCCGUGUCGAAGCGCGUUUACAGGGGAAUAUAGUAACGCGUUAGGUGCAAUUCGGAAGAUUGGUGUGGAGUUCUCGCGGGGGUCACGGUGAGAGCUUUACCGCGUGCGGAUGAUUUCCCGGGUCGAUCCACGACGAAUACAAUCUGUUGUAAAGUGUGGUUGGUGUAAGAUUAACAUAAAAGAAAUUUUGAAU